AUGGAGGUGGUCCUGCUCCAUGGGCUGCUGCUCCUCCUCCCCUUGGCAGCCCUGCUGCUUUACCGGUAUAAUGCCACCUUCCACUACUUCUGCAAGAUGGCCUUCUUCAACUGCUGGAUUGUGGCCAUGGCCACCCUCCUGUCUCCCUUUGCGGCUCUUCGGGGACGCUCCGUGGAGAAUAUGAAGCUCCUGCGUGCUGCGAUCCUGCCCCUCAAACACUUUUAUGGCAUCAAGAUGCAAGUGUGGGGCUCUGAGCAACUGAACAUCAAGGAGCCAUAUGUGAUAGUUUGCAACCACCAAGCUUCCCUUGACCUCAUGGGCAUGGUGGAGGUCAUUCCUGACCGCUGUGUGCCCAUCGCCAAGAAGGAGCUCAUGUACAUGGGCACUGUGGGGUGGGCCUGCUGGCUCAGUGGCAUCAUCUUCAUCGACCGCCACAAAAGACAAGAUGCAAUCGAUGUCAUCUCCCAGACGGCCAGGACCAUGCGGCAUGAAAAUCUCCGAGUGCUGAUUUUCCCUGAAGGCACCAGGAACCAGGACAAAUCCAUGCUGCCCUUCAAGCGCGGGGCUUUCCACUUGGCUGUGCAGGCUCAGGUUCCCAUUUUCCCCAUUGUGAUCUCCCCAUACUGGGACUUCUUCAGCUCCAAGGAUAAGAAAUUCACCUCUGGGACGUGCACCAUCCAAAUCCUCCCCAAGGUAGAAACCCAGGGCCUGAGCCCAAAGGAUGUCCCCAAACUGACAGAGACUGUCCGCCAGGCCAUGGUUGAUGCCCUUGCCGAGAUGUCUGCAGAUCACUGUGGGGACCAGCGCGCUGAGCAGCCUCUGCUCCCGCGCUGCGCUGGGGCCGGUGCUGGCAGGGGGCCGGGCAGCCCGCAGUGCAAGGAGGACACAGCGGGGACCAACAAUUAG